AUGGCGGAUCAAUCCAUCAUUCGCAUCACCAAGGAGCUGAGUGACAUCCAGCGAACAUCAGAUCUCUCUCUGGCUGUCGCUUGCCGGGAUGUCGAUGUUCGCAAUGUCAAGGCCUUGAUCAUCGGCCCCCACGACACCCCCUACGAGUUCGGUUUCUUCGAGUUCGCAAUCCGGUUCAACAAGGAGUAUCCUCGCAAAUCACCAAGCGUGAACGGAAUCACGACGAACGGAGGACGAUGCCGGUUCAACCCGAACAUAUACUCGUCCGGCAAGGUUUGCUUGUCAAUUCUUGGCACCUGGCGUGGAGAGCGUGGUGAAGAAUGGUCCGCGGCACAGGGCCUUGAGUCCAUCCUCAUCUCCAUUCAGAGCCUGAUGUCAGGCAAUCCUUACGAAAACGAGCCCGGUUUCGAGGAGGCGAAUGAUGCGUCAGACAAGAAGAACCAGAAGGACUAUGUUCAGAAGAUCCGCCACGAGACUCUACGAAUUUCCGUGAUUCAACGCAUGGAGGAGUAUUUGGGCUUGACUCCCGAUGGCAACGCAAUUGCCCAACAGUCGGCGGUAGAUGGAGAACAGCUGGAUAUGGACACUGAGGACAUGGAUGGCACCAGCGUCCCCUUCGAGCCCUUCAAGGAUCUGUGUAAGCGAAGGUUCCUCUGGUACUACGACAACUAUCUGCUCGCUAUCCAGAAGGCCAAGACCGAGGUCAAGGACCAUCAAGCUUUUGUGCGUAUGCCAUUCGAAGGCGCUAGCAACUCCAUGGAUGGCAAGUUCAACUACACGGAACUGGAAAGGCGUCUCCGCAACGUCAAGGCUGCGCUGGACAACGAGCUUCUCAAAUGGGCCAUGGAGGGUCACACCGCAAGCGAGAAGGAGAUGACAGUCUCGGUAAACCUACGGCACCAAUACGAGCAGGUGGUGCAAACAUUCAAACGCCAGGACAUUCCUCAUGAUGUUCAGCUGGAGGAUAACAACCCUUUCAUAUGGGUAAUCACCUACUUUGGACGGCCUAUGACGAACCUUGACGGCGGCCUCUUCCGUAUCAAGAUGCACUUCAGCCCGAGAUUCCCCGAGGAGCAGCCUCGCGUCAAGUUCCAAACCCGCAUCUUCCAUCAUCGCAUCUCGGCGGAUGGAACGACUUGCUACUUCCCGAACUCACUCAGAAAGGACGAUGUGCGUUCCCACAUCGAGGCUGUCUUUACGGCAUUGGAGGAAGAGGAUCCGGCCUACGACCCUCGAACCCUGGUGAACCCUGAGGCGCACAAGCUCUAUUGGGGAGGCGCUGAUGGACGUAAAACAUACAACCGUCAACUUCGCAGAUCAGUACAGCUAAGCAUGGAGGACUUCUGA